GUGUCAUGGGGGUGGGAGUGGGUCUGGCUUCCAGAGUUGAACCGUAAACUUGCAGGCACGAGGAGGUCCAGUCCAGUCCACAACACGAGAGGCGUUCUGCGAGUAAAUCCACGGGAACGCACAUCACGCCCCCCCCCCCUCGCCCCCCCCGAGCUCGGAGUACUGCGUGCGCGUGUGUGUGAGACAACGUCCACGACUCAGGUCAGCAAAAGGGGACGGCUAUGACGUAACAGCAGGGGGGGGGGGCGCUAGCUAGCUAGCUAACUGCUUGCUAACUCUUCCGCGCGUGUUUGCCUUGGCAGAUCAAAAAAAAAAAAAAAAACAUUUUUUUUUAAAAAAAAAAAAGGCCAAAAUGACGACGACGACAAGCCCCAAACCGCGCGGCAUCGUCCGGGAAGCCAGCCACCAGAUUAUCGCCGGCGGCUCCGCAGGUCUGGUGGAGAUCUGCUUGAUGCAUCCUCUCGACGUGGUGAAGACGAGGUUCCAGAUCCAGAGGGGAACCAGCGACCCCAACAGCUACAAGAGCCUGGGCGACUGCUUUCGCACCAUUUUCCGCAACGAAGGAAUCUUCGGCUUCUACAAGGGAAUUUUGCCGCCCAUCCUGGCCGAGACGCCCAAGAGGGCCGUCAAGUUUUUCACCUUCGAGCAGUACAAGAAGCUCCUGAAUUUGACCCCUUUGUCUCCGGGCCUGGCGCUGUCGGCAGCAGGACUCGGCGCAGGCUUGACCGAGGCCGUCGUGGUCAAUCCGUUCGAGGUGGUCAAAGUCAGUCUCCAGGCCAACAGGGACUCCUUCAAACAGCAACCGUCCUCGUUCGCUCAGGCGAGACGCAUCAUCGGGACGGACGGCUUCGGACUGAAGGGUCUGAACAAGGGCCUGACGUCCACCCUGGGACGCCACGGAGUCUUCAACAUGAUCUACUUCGGCUUCUACUUCAACGUCAAGGAUGCUAUCCCCGCUAGCCCGGACCCCACCCUGGAGUUCCUGAGGAAGUUCGCCAUCGGCCUGGUGUCCGGAACCAUCUCCUCCUGCGUCAACAUCCCCUGGGACGUGGCCAAGAGUCGCAUCCAGGGCCCGCAGCCGGUACCCGGCGAGAUCAAGUACCGCACCUGCGUCCAGACCGUGGCGCUGGUUUACCGCGAGGAAGGGUGGCGCUGUGAUGCUGCUGGUCUACGAGUACGUGUCCGGGUGGCUCCAGAGGAACUGGUAAAGACGUGCCAACCGCAAAAAGUGCCUUCAUGGGCGUAUUACCCUAAUACCUCGAAUACAAAGUUCCUACCUACAUAACAACUCAACUACCAGCCAACAGACCGAGCAGCUGGCGAGUGUUAGCUUUUCCGUGCACGCGACGACCAUCACGCUGGAUGUCUUGGCCACGAGGUAGGGUGGCGAGACGGAAGCCUUAUCCGAAUGUCGUUUUUCAACAAUCCUCCUUCCGACGACGUUGCAGAUUAUUUAUCCUUUUUCCACUGCCGUCUCAGGAGAACACACUUCCUAUUUUCUUGAAUGUCUUUGAAAGCAACACAACAAGGCGAGCGAGCACUUUUUUCCCGUGGACGCGGGCGGACGGGUGCCCCGCGAUGUGGCGCGCCCGCGGUCAAAAGAAGCACGCCAAGGACCCCCCCGCCUCCUCCCGGGCCUGGAGCAACGGUCUGUGAACGCUGCAUGCGGGGGGAGAGCGCUUUCCCAGUCAAAUGAGACUGUCGACACUGCGCCAGGCGCCGCAACACGAGUCCCUCCACGCGCAGGUAAAGUCAGCAGCAGGUGAGCGUCUUUUCUUUUUUUUGGGGGUGGGAGAGCUGGGGGGGUUCCCUUAAAUAUUCGUCAGCCCCCCCCCCCGCUUCCUGUUUCAACAUGUCUGGUCGUAUUAUUUAUGACACUUGACGCCUCCGCCAAAGUGUUCGUGCAUUUUCAUAUAUUUUUUUUUCUUUAGGCUUUGGAUGCCUCGUCGCGUUCAGAUCGACUACGUUCUGAACGGAAUGUUACGUUAGGGAACUUCCAAAAUGGAAAUGGUGCUGUUUUGACUUCAAGUGGAUUGAUUGAAACAUAUUGUAAAUGUAAUAAAGCCAUAAAAAUGAUAAAUAUAUCAUCAAUAAAGUAUAAAAUAAACAUUUACAAGAUAUUUUGUAAACACUGUAUAAUUUCUAUCUCCUCCCCUUUCAAAAUAAGAUUGGGAAAACUGCAAUAUUACUAACUUUCAAAAUAAAAUGUUCUCAAGAACACGAGCAUGUUUCUA